UCUUCCAUCAAUAUUCUCAUGAAAUCAGGUAUUGCAAAAAUUGCUGAUUUUGGUCUGUCUGGACAAAUUGGGUCCUUAUCAUUAGGUGAUGGCACUGCAGCUGACAUCUUCAGUCUUGGGGUGCUGCUUUGGGAAAUUUCUAGUGGGAAAAUUCCUUGUAAUGAUUUUGGAUCAAGUGUGAUAGAGUAUAGAAAAAAUGGUUAUCAAGAUUUCCCUUUUCCAGAAACACCAGAAAUAUAUGUUCAACUAUAUUCAGCAUGUUGGAGUGAAAAUCCUGAAAAACGACCACCAUGUAAAGAAGUAUACAAGAAAUUAAAACUGUUACUUGAUGAUAGAGAUCAACAUUUACCAG